AUGAACCAGCUGCCAUCAUUCUUGCAGCCGGUCGUCCGCAGGCGAUCCAGAUAUUCAGUCCGACCAUUUUACACCACUGUAUUGAUAUUCACGCUCAUUGCCUCGGCGAGUUGGUUCUUAAGAAGCGCCCAGAAUGGUCAUGGGCAGUUUGCGCAACCGGGUACUGCUGCUAAUACCCUAUUCAAGCGCGAGGCCGAACUACCUGAGUGUCGCUUGGUCCGCAAUGUCAAAGACCAGUGUGCCUACGUUCGCGCCAACUGCCCCGAUCACGAAGACGGCUUGAUCUCCUACCUACAGUUCUACUAUUGCGCGCUGGCCGAUGCCAAACCGGUAGCAUUCAUAAUUCUGGUACUCUGGUUGUCGCUUCUCUUCAGUACCAUUGGCAUCGCAGCAAGUGAUUUCUUGUGCGUUGAUCUGAGCACAUUGGCCAGCAUUCUUGGAUUGAGUGAGAGUCUCACAGGCGUAACGUUCCUUGCAUUUGGCAAUGGAAGUCCUGAUGUUUUCUCCACGUUUGCCGCCAUGCGGUCUAAUAGUGGAAGUUUGGCAAUUGGUGAGUUACUUGGUGCUGCCACUUUCAUCACUUCAGUUGUCGCGGGCUCCAUGGCCCUGGUCCGGCCAUUCAAGGUUGCGCGAAGAAGCUUCGUUCGUGACGUGGGCUACUUCAUAAUCGCCGUCGCAUUCAGUAUGCUUCUUCUGGCCGACGGCAAACUCCAUACCUGGGAGUCCGCUACGAUGGUAUGCUUGUAUGUCUUUUAUGUCAUAAUGGUGGUGACCUGGCACUGGUAUUUGGUACGACAACGCCGAAAGAAUGAGAGAAACCUCGCAGCGCGGGCUCACUUCCAUAUACCGGACAAUCAAGAGCUGGAGAUUGAAGAGACAGCCGAGGAUGAUGAUCCUGGCGUAGCGUCAGACUCGCGAAGUCUCGUGCGCGGAGCCUCAACUGAGGACUUUGAUCUCUUGGAACGCGCCGACGCUGUUCCUGUGUGGAAGGAACAAGAGGAUGAGGAUGAUGAGACCCGCAAUCGGUACUUGGCUGAAAUUAGCGAUAACAUGCACGUCUUUCGGCCAAUGCAAACGAGGCGGAAUACGAUGAACCCCAUUCGACCGAGUCUCGUCGGUGCGCUGGAGUUCCAAUCCGUACUUCGCUCACUCCAGAAAUCAAGAACCACGCACCGAAAUCCCACAAUAAGUCUGAACAGUUAUUCAGACGGCGAGUCUGAUACCGAGACGCGCUCUGUGGCAUCAGUUCCUCGCCGCACCAGUCGCCCAUCUGGCUCCAACGACCGCUUGUCUCCACACAGCGCAGCAGGCUCCUCUCGAGUCCGAGCUGUAUCAGCAAACGAUGCCGAGGGCUUGAGAUUAGACUCUAGUGUCUCGGAACACCGGCCAUCGCAAGGUCCCCUGCUUACAGUAAGGGGGCCUUCCAUUGACGAGACCGAAGAUUCGACGCAGUCACGUCAGCUCCCUCGAAUUGACACUGGCAAGGUGCUGAAUUUGUCGCCUUCAUCUUCUGCAAACCCAUCUGCAACAUCAACUCCGAUAGAAACAGUCCCUCAGACACCCGAGCUGCUUGCUCCAUCAGAUGCUUUCCACUGUCCCAAUUAUCGUGACCGGGUGGUACAUGAUCGUUCCCCUCAGUCAGUAUCUCCUCGAGGCACUACAAGACGCCAUGUAUCAGGUUUCGGCCCAGAAAGCCCUUCAAUUCCCUUCCCAUCAUACACUGAUCUACCCUCCGCGGGAUCCUCCCGAGCACCCAGCAUUCGACUCCCCAAUUCUGCUACCCAUUUAGAACGGCUGCAACUCGAAGACGAAUGUGAUGAUGUUAUCCAUGUAGGCCUUCCUUUCCGCAAAUCCUUGAGGAAUUGGUGGUCUGACUCGUAUCCCACUCUCCAGCAGAUUGGUUGCACACUAUUCCCUACCUUGGCAGGCUGGAAGUCGAAGAGCGUCUGGGGACGACUUCUUGGUAUAAUCGCCGCUCCUAGCGUGUUCCUUCUUACAAUCACAGUUCCAGUUAUUGAACCGCAGGAACCAGAGUUACUGGAAGCAGUCCCCAUACCUUCGGGACUCACCCAGGACAUUGCCGAUGGCGGCAAUCCUUCUCCAAGAGUCACCCUUCCAGCAGACAGUCCAGUGCUUGUAGCACAGACAUAUGAUCACGCAGGAUCGGUUUCGAAUAUGCGACCAACACAUACCCAUCGAAAGUCAUCCUAUGAAGUCACCGGUCGCCCACGCUGGGACUCCGAACUACCAGCCGUCCCAGCGGGAGUCUCCGACUGCGUGAAUGCCCCAACGAAAGACUGGAACCGCUGGCUAGUCUCCCUCCAGCUCUUCACAGGCCCCUUCUUCGCCGUCCUCAUCGCCUGGACAACAGUAGACGAAGACCGUCAACUCCACAACCUCAUCCUCCCCACCCUCGUCUCCCUCCUCUUCUCCUCAAUCUGCCUCACAGCCCUAAUAAUAAGCACCCGCCGCCACCGAAAACACCACCAACCCACCGGCUCCAUCUCCCUCCCCCUCGACUCCUCCAACCCCACACCCCCAACCCUCCCACCCCAAUGGCGCCCCUUCCUCUCCCUCCUGGGCUUCCUAGUCGCCAUCUCCUGGAUAGCAACAAUAGCCACAGAAGUCGUCUCCCUCCUCAAAACCAUCGGCGUAAUCCUCAACAUCUCCGAUUCCCUCCUCGGCCUAACGGUCUUCGCCGUCGGCAAUUCCCUCGGCGACCUCGUCGCCGACAUCACAGUCGCCAGACUCGGUUACCCCGUCAUGGCUCUGAGCGCCUGCUUCGGCGGGCCAAUGCUCAACAUCCUCCUCGGCAUCGGGCUCGGUGGCAUGUACAUGACUCUCCACCAAGGGAAACAGGGACACAGCGCGGCUGUGCAGGACGCAGCCACUGUCCAGGUCCCGUAUGAGAUUGUUAUCUCGAAGGUGCUGGUUAUUAGUGGGGCUACGCUGUUGGUUAUUCUGGUUGGGCUUUUGGUUGUUGUGCCGAUGAAUCAUUGGAGGAUGGAUCGUAGGAUUGGUUGGGGGCUUGUUAUUGUUUGGUGUGUGAGUACUUUGGGGAAUGUCAUUGCGGAGGUUGUUUCGUGA